AUGCAAGCUGAAAUCGAAGGCUCCUCACCGCCGCCCCAGGAACUCUCAGAACUCCCUGCAGUAUCCAACGGUCACCUCUUACUUCCAGCUACCUCCACGCCUAUCACUGCUCCGUCGCGCUCGAACAAACGGAAACGUACAACCCAGGCCGCUGCUUCCUCACCUGCACCUUCAGACAAUGCGGGCAACAACCCAAACAACACAGAUCUUCUCGCUACUUCGCGCGCAGAUCUCUCCUCCAGACCAAUCCUCACAAUUUCGCGAGGUCCAACAUUCAUUCCGGCUCCUGAGGGUUCGGAAUGGUUCAAAACAGAAAUGAUUGGCGUGAAUCGAGUAGGAUAUCGGUAUAUUCCUGCCGGAAUCAACCCCCCAGGACAUGCGGCACCGUGUCGAACCAUCGAAAGCAACCCCACUUGCUUUCGCAUAAGCUGGGAGGACCGAAGCCCUUUUCUCCGUGUCUCAAAGGAUGGACUAAAAAUUGCAGGAAGCAAAGGUUUCCGCAGUGCACGGUGUAACGCGCCAAUUCGUGAAGGGAAAUGGUAUAUGGAGGUAAAGAUUCUGCACGGCGGAGGAGAACAUACUUCUGAGGACUCGAGGCGCGAAGGAGGGCAUGUACGACUUGGUUGGGGAAGACGAGAGGCUCCUCUCAAUGCACCCGUUGGUCUCGACGGAUAUAGCUAUGGCUAUCGCGACAAAACGGGCGAGAAGGUCACCCUGUCGCGUCCCCGUACCUACGGGCGUCCAUUUGGUACGGGUGACGUUAUUGGAAUGUAUAUCUCACUUCCUCCGCGCAGGCAACCCAAUAAAAAGGACCCUUAUGACCCAGCUCAUUUAAAGCGUGAACGUAUUCCCAUAGAUCUCAAAGGCCAAGAAGUCUUCGAGAUCUUGGAGUAUCCUCAGUCGAAGGAAAUGAUUGCCCUCAUGGAUUAUUCAGGUAAAACCGUAAGUUCUGCAUCGGUGCCUUCAACGAACAAAAAACCGUCAAAUGGGAAACCAGCCGAACGGGGGCCCGCCGUUGCCAAUCACAAACCUGCUGCUCCAGCAUUGCGUCCCUUGCCAACACUGCCGAAUUCUCGAAUCGCAUUCUUCGUCAAUGGCGAAUCACAAGGCAUUGCCUUCCAGGAUCUUUAUGAUUACCUACCUCUUCGUCAAACGGAUACAACUAAAGCCAGCUCACGAAAACGUCAAAGGGAGGGUGUAAAGGAACACAGAGAAAAUCCUUUUGACGACGGGACACUUGGUUAUUUCCCGUUUAUUUCACUUUUCAAUGAUGCUAGUGUGCAACUCAAUCCUGGUCCUGAUUUUGAAUUUCCACCUCCACCGGAUAUCGAUAACUUCCUGGAUGGCAAAAUCUCGAAUGAUUCUGAUGUAACGGCUACAGUUGACGCCCCCCUCAGUGUAACACCCCCAAAUAAUGGUGCUUUGGACCACGAAGUACCAGCGAUGACAACUUCUUUCACUCCUUCAUUGGAAACAAUCCAAUCAAUAGAGGAUUUACCUCCUAAGCAGGAGGAAAAUGAAGCAAAUCCACAAGCAAUAAACUCUGAUGCUCGAAUGUCAUCUCCCGUUGUACAGCCCCCAUCCCCUAAAAGCUCAACAGCAAUGAUAGAACGCACCUGGCGACCAGCGUGCGAACGCUAUCCAGAGUUUAUGCAAGAAGAAUGGGCAUUUGACGCUCGCGAGGAUGAAGAAGCCAAAAUUGAACUUGCUAAAAUUGCUGCUGCCGAGAAAUUGGAAGAGGAUAAGCGGAAGCAGCGAGAGCGCAAAAGACUACAGGCGGAAGCAAAACGGAAGGCCAAGAAGGCUGAAGCACAACAAGCAGCAGAGGCUUUGGCCGAAGAGGAGAGGGAGAGGGAGAGGGAAAGAGAAAGAGAAAGAGAACUUCAGCGCGAGAGAGAGCGGGAGAGGGAGAGGUACGGCUCAUUGCCAAUACCUACUGGCCUUAUUGGGCCUGGAAUGCAAGGCAGCCAUCAUCCCAGCCCCAGUCCAUUGCGACAUUUCACUGCAUAUGAACCAGAGGGCUCGGCUGAGUACGAAAAUUCCCCCGCUCCGACAUUUGCAUCCUACGGCGACCUUCAAGGCGCCCAAAGCGGGUACACAUCCGAAAAUCAUGACCAUGAAGCCCCCGAUGAUAUGGAAAUCGACCAGGACAUCGAAGCGCUCAUUCCAUCUUCACGAUCGAGAACUCCUGCUUGA